AUGGGGCCGACCUUUAGACAACGGCGAUACUUCUACUACCUGAGCGGUGCCAACUUCGCCGACUGCGCAGUGACUUACGAGCUCGCCUCGGACCGCCUGAUCCUCUGGAUUCCCUACGUCGAGCCGCGCCAGGUCCUCUGGUUCGGCCGCACCCCGGGCAUCACCGAGUGUUUGAAGCAGUUCGACGUCGACGAUGUGCGGUACAACACCCAGCUCAACAAGUUCCUGUACCGGAACCUGACGCCCGGCUCGACCCUGUACGUCCUCCACCCCGACCAGGUACCGCUCUCGGGCGAGUUCCUGCGGGAGAUGGCGGACGUGCGCGUCGACCUCACCUCGCUCCAGCCGGCCGUCGACCAGGCAAGAGUCGUCAAGACGGAGUACGAAGUCGCCAUGAUCCGCAAGGCGAACGCCAUCUCGGCCGCUGCUCACCGCCGCGUCGCCGAACGGCUGCUGAAGCUCGACAACGAGUCCGAGAUUGAGGCCAUCUUCCAGGCCUGGUGCACCUCGGCCGGCGCCCGCGACCAGUCGUACGCCAUCAUCGCGGGCAGCGGCAAGAACGCGGGGACAUUGCACUACGACGCCAACAACGAGCCGCUCGAGGGCCGCGACGUCGUCGUCUUCGACGCCGGCUGCGAGUUCCACUGCUACGCCAGCGACAUCACGCGCACGCUCCCGAUCCCUGGACGGUUCUCGACGGAGGCCGCAGCGGUGUACGCCAUUGUGGAGAGGAUGCAGGAUGAGUGCAUCGGGCUCAUCCGCCCCGGAACGCUCUUCUUCGACCUGCACAUCCACGCGAGCAAGGUCGCUCAGCAAGGGCUGCUGAAGCUCGGCGUUCUCAAGGGGGACGCCGCCGAGGUCUGGGACGCCGGCACCGUGGCCGCCUUCUUCCCGCAUGGCCUGGGGCACCACGUCGGGCUGGAGGUGCACGACGUGACGGGCAGGGAGAGGCUGUUGCUCCUCAACAACGUCAUGGGCAGCGGCCGCGUCGGGAAGAGGGAGGUCAUCACACCCGAGAUGAUGGGGGCCAUGGCGCGCGCCACGGCCGCGGGUGCGUCGGCGCCGCCCCCGUACAAGGGAAGGCAGUAUCUGAGGAAGAACAUGAUUGUGACUGUCGAGCCGGGCAUUUACUUUUGCAGGGAGUACAUUGAGGGAUACUUCCUCAGCAACCCCAAGCACGCUCGGUUCAUUGACAAGGCGGUGCUGGAAAAGUACUACCGCGUCGGAGGCGUGCGUAUCGAGGACGACAUCCUGAUUACUGACGACGGGUACGAGAACCUGUCGACCGGGGCGCCCAAGGGCGAGGAGUUGUUACGGGUCAUCAACGGCAAGGCUUAG